AUGGAUAGUGUUCAAGGUCAAUAUAUGCGUAUCAAUCAGAUUCUUAUGUGUCUCAUUGGCGAAUGGCCGUAUCAGGAGGGAUGGGAAAAAUUUCUGAUCCAAUUCGUCUUCGUGCCCGCGGUUUUCUCUCAGGCAAUUGUUCAGCCAUGCAAACUUGAAGACAUUUUGCAGGGCGGCGGUAUGAUCACUGCUUGGUUCGCGGAUGACAUUGAUGCGGUUAUGGAGAGUUCGUCGCCUUUUGUAAUUAGUUUAAUGUGCAUCGUUAAACAUAUUAAUUAUACGUAUAACCAUGAACAGAUGAAGAAGCUCGCCUUUGUAAUGGCAGACGAUUGGAAUAUUUAUUCAAAACUUAGCGAUGAGUACAAUAUUCUUUGUAAGAAUUACGAUAUGGGUAGAAAAGUCUCGAUUGCUUAUGCAGCACGGAUUGUUGAAGCAGAUACUUUAGACAUAAAUUUGUAUACGAGCAAAGAAGAGACUAUGUCGUAUGAAUAUAUUAAGAAUUGUGUCAUCAUGCACAAUCAUAUAAUAGAGUAUGCUAGACGUAUCGAAAUUGCGAAUACGACAUCGUAUUUUUUUCAACUAGGUUUCAAUAUGAUGGGCAUGACAUUCACAAUAUUCCAGGCAGUGGUAAAGUUGAGUGAUCCAAAUGAAGCUCUGCGAUAUGCAUCGUUCACGGUGACUCUGUUAUCCGUACUCUUCCUCGAAAGCUGGCCGGGUCAGCAACUAUCAGAUUAUACUAACAAAAUUUUUGCAUUUACAACCAACGGAAGAUGGUAUCAGUCUUCGCUAAGAAUAAGAAAAGUGAUCAGCAUUAUGCUGAUAAGGAGUUACGUGCCAAUCAAGAUAACUGCGGGUAAACUGUACGCCUUGAACUUGGCAAACUUCGCUUCAGUCGUACGCACGUCGUUUUCUUACUUCACUGUUCUUUGUUCUAUGCAAUGAGCGAGACUUGCUGCAGCUCAAAAGCUAUUAUUGAUGACAACAACUACAAGCAACUGAUUUGCCCUUAUUUUCUUUUUCAUGACGACUCGUGAGUCAUAAGUGACGAUGGCUACGACGAUUUGGUAAAGUCGAUACACUUAAAUAUUUUUGGCGCGCGAUUAGAACAUUCACAAGAAAAAUAAAGUAAAAAAUCACAAUACAUUGUUUAACAGAUUAACGUGUUCGAAAGAAUUUUUUUUUAAGUCAAUAGGUUUCUUAUAGUUUUAUUUAAGUAUCUACAGAAACGGCAUUGAAAGGAAAAUUAUAUUAUAAAGCAGUCUAUGUACGCAGUCUUUCAAGACCUCAUUUAUUCUUAAAAUAUGAUGAAUAUGUGAUGAAUAUGUAAUACAAAUAUCAUCAGUUACGAUCAAAACUUUUGUUACAGAAAUUGUAGCAUCAAAAAAUAUG